UCCGAACAUGGCAUAAAAAUAACAGUCCAAAGACCGUGUCAACUGUUUUAUCAGUCACAGUCCGGAUCCACGGAGAGUCCCACCUUGACCUCGGGAUUGACUAGCCGAGUAAGAACAAAAUGGAUUCGAAUCAUUCGACUAUCUGCUUGUGUUCCCACCGUCCCGCUCUUUUUUCGCCCCGUCCCCCAUGUCCUCCGAGUGGCCAAACCAGCAUCCCCAUCCUCUCUCUCGGGUCUCGCAUAUUUUGUACAACCCGACUGGUUCAUGAAAUUCGGUUUUCAGCAGAGACUGCCAUUAUCUUCGGCCGGAUGGAACGUUGCUGGAGAUGCCUCAUUAGGUUCGAGGACCGAGCUCUGGAUUCGUCCAGGGUUUUCCAUUGUCUCCGAGGCCCAAGACUAUACUAUACCCAUGAUGGCAGGACGGGGGAUGGCGAGAUGUUGCCGCCGAGCGGCAAAGACCAAGGAUGUGAGAGCCCCCCCCCCUUCACUCGAGAUGCUUCAUGGCACCAACUCACGAGAUAACCACUCACGCACAUCGUUUACACUCUCGAGUCAUUCUGAUAUCCACACUCGUCCCGACACCAUGGAAAAGAGAUGAUUGUCACUCAUUUUCUCCGUAGAGACUUCGCGGAGCCCACUCAUAGGGAUGAAGACUUGCUUUUCCUCACGGCACAUGCACGGUACUGCAACGAUGCGGCACACGUAAUGUGGGAGAAAUCCAUGUGGCCCCCCAUCGAUGGACCCUCUCUCUCACUUCUCUCUCUCUCAUGUAAGGACAGGCACUAGCCACUCACAUCGAGUGUCGAGGGGGCAGACUCCUCGGCAGCUUCAUCAAAGCACUCCACUCUUUUACAUCGAGCAGCCCGGUACACAAUCCCUUCAGCACGCACAACAGAUACCAGUACUCUUCUCGGCCACUCGUGCGAAACUCCCAAGGAAAUGGGGUGACGGGAUGGAUCGCCGCAUCCCUGCACUAGAUCACAGUCUAGAAGACAAAAUGUCGCACCUCUCCGAGGCCAAGCGGACCGGAAUCACCACGAGGAAGAACCCCCCCCUCCCCUUUAUUAUGCCCACCACACAUAACGAAACCUGGUCUGAUCAUGUUCCACGCUAUCCGUACUUGAUCUGCCCGUUUCCCCGCGAGCUCCGUAGGUCUUCAGCCACCGUGGUGUGUGGUUCCCUUCGAACUCCGUCCUCUGCAGCUUGACACAUUUGAUCAGCGCCCCAUCCCUGGAAGUAGAGCAGCCCCAAGAUGGUUAAAAGAUUGCGCUGAUCCCCUCGUUGACCGCCCCCGUGCCCACUCUCAUUGACCUCUUGUGGCUUUCCUUCCUCUAUCCCGCUCCUCCCCGUACGUGCGCUGCCGCCAUGUCCUCGACCUCGACCGUCGACCCGGAACGGGCCAGGGAGAGCAACACGGCCAUGAUCCUGGCUGUCACGGGGACGUUCCACGCGCUCGCCCUCGUCUUCGUCGUCCUCCGGACGUACACGCGUGCUGUUAUCGUCAAGACGAUGGGGGUCGACGACUACAUGAUGAUCGGGUCCGCGCUUUGCGCGCUGGGCGGAGGGAUGGUCAUCUUCAUCAUCCAGGGCUUCUACGGGCUCGGCAGACACAGGGACACCAUCAGCAAGCCGGAUCAGGUUUUCUUCUCAAAAGUGGGCUUCUUCCAGUCCAUCAUCUCGGCCAUCGCGGCCCUGGCCUUGCUGAAGAUCUCGAUCGCGCUAUCGUUGCUUCGGCUGAGCAAGAACCGAUGGUAUUCACGGACCCUAUGGGCUCUGAUAGUUUUCGUGGUGCUUUACACAAUCAUGGCUUGGCUGAGCUUCUUCCUGUACUGCACACCCCUGGAGGGUUACUGGGAUAAGAGCCUGAAGCCCACGUGCUACAACAUCAAGUUGUUUGUCAACUUUGCUCUUGUGAAUACAGCGUUCAACAUCUUCACCGAUGUCUGUUUCGCCACGCUGCCCAUCCCGAUCAUUUGGGUUUUGCAAAUGAAGUUGCGGACCCGGAUCUAUUUGAUCGGCAUUCUGAGUCUUGGCUACCUAGCCGUCAUCAUGGGCAUCAUCAAGGCCGUCUACCAGAUUGCCCAACCGGGCAACAAAGACGGGACAUUCCGGCAAAGCAUCCAGUUCUGGGGCUUCCUCCAGCUGAACCUCGGCAUCAUCGCCGCCUGCGCGCCGGCGAUCAAGCCACUCGUAGGCCGCGCCCUCAAGAUCUCGUCGAGCCGCCGGUACAAGAGUGACAACCUCUACGAGAACCGGUACCCGACGGGCCGGACCGGGCGGACGGUACACAUCACGGCGACGGCCAAGAGACAGGGGUACAGGGAGCAGGGGAGUCAGGGGGCGCCGGACUACGAGCUCGAGGAGGGCCCCUUUUCGAACAGCGCCGAGUUCUACCGGGCGAGCAUCAAGGGUGGCGGGACCGCCAACCACCCGGCGGCCGUGGCUGUGUACGGGAACAAGAACAGCUUCGGCGACAGGUCGGGGAGCGAGGAGAUGAUCCUGGACGCGGAUGGCAAGUUCGGGGAGAGUAGGGGCAUCAUGAGGACGACUGAAGUGCACGUCCAGCGCUAG